AUCAUAGUAUUUGGUUUUAAAAACAAAAACCACAAAAACCUCGGCUUUGUAAUUCAAUUUAUUUUCUCUCCCCUGAAAAAAAAAAAAACGAGGAACACUAGUGAUCACUAACCACCUUUCUUUUUUCUUCUCAAAUUAAUCCAACCCCUUAAAUUUUUGUGUAAUUUCUUGCAACAAAUUUUCUGGGUCGGUUUUUUUUUUUUGCAAAAAAAAUUCUGGGUUUUGUGUUUUUUGGGAAGAAUUUGUUGGUUUAUGGAUAAUAAUUAUAGUUACCGGAAGAAACCAAAGGAGAAGAAUUUUAAUGGUGAUUCAAGGCAGAGAUCACAGAACAACAGGAAGUCUUCUUCUAGCAACGGUGGCCGGCAACAAUCAGCCCUUUCAUUGGAGAAGAAAUUCUGUCUAGCUGUUGGGGGAGUUUCAUGGCAAAAGGUGUUGGACACACAGAAGUACAUGUUCCAGGACGAAAAGGUGCUACAUUGGAAGGACUCUGCAGUGGAAGAGGCUUUUUGGAAUGCCAAGAACCGGUUUUGGGCAAAGAUGCUCGGCCAUCCCUGUGACAUAGAACUUCCAGAUCCUGAUAUCUUCAUUGACCAGAUUGACUGGGAAUGUGAGGUCGAUGUCGAGCUCAUAUCGGACUUGGAGAAGAGAGAUGAUUCUGGGGAGAUUGAUCAGAAGAACUGUGGUAUAGUUGUUGGGAUUCCAGUGGUACCUGAGCAAUAUGCUUUCACCUCUACGGGAUGGGGGGAUGCUGAAGAGAUGCCUGUGGUACCCGAGCAAUAUAAACUCCCCUCUGUGAAUAAGGGGGAUGCUGAAGAGAUGGCUGUGGUACCCGAGCAAUAUGAACUGCCCUCUACGGGAUGGGGUGAUGCCGAAGAGGGAGACCCACAAUCUAAAAAUACGGAGAGGCAUGAUAGUGAUGGGUAUGAUCGUUGGGGUGACAAUGGUGUGAAUCAUGGCGAAGUUCCUGUGGUAACCGGGCAACAUAAACUGCCCUCUACCGGAUGGGGGUAUGCCGAAUACGAGGAUCCAAAAUUGGAAAUUCCUGGAAGGCAUGACGGUAAUGGGUAUGACCAUUGGGGUGACAAUAAACAACGUUGCUCGAAUAAUAGAUGGGAGGAUGGUUAUGCAUAUGUCAAUAAUGCUAAGUUUAACCAUGAAGAAAAUUAUAGUAGGCAUAAUGGUGGAUCGACAUGGAAUUACAGGAAUAAGCAGCAGCUGAAUCAUGGCUACAACAAGAAGGCAGAUCAUUAUGGAGGUCAGAACACAUCAAGGUUCAGGGUGUCUCGAUUCCACCAGAAUCGUAACGACCAGUCAUCAAUCGAUGAUUAUGGAAGCAACAAUAGAGGCAAUUUUUCUAAUGCUCAACGUCCUCAGAGCAAAUGGAAACCUGUUUCAAGGCAAUGGUAGAUAAUGAGUAUACUGUAGAACAAAUUUUGCAGGUGUUAAAAAUGGUCCAGAAAGUAAAAGUUAUGCGAGAAGUAGGCUAUAUUAGCGCGGCGGUUUACUGUUAAUACACAAUCAAUUCUUUUGAGUAAUCUAUUAGGACCAUAAUAUUGUAGAUCUAGAUGAUUAUACUAAAUGGAGUAGUAGUACAUAUA